GGAACUGAAGAAGAAGGGACUCUUGAACAUCACACUGCUGGCUGAGUCCCAUUCAGAAGUCCUGCUCUGUCGACUUCGUGAGAUUUGCUUGGCAGUUACCAGCGAGGUGACCAACCUCCGGUCCAAGGUGUCCUGCUCUGCAAUCGUCACUCUGGGAGAGCUCUUUGUGAUCUUGGGGAAGGACAUGGACUCCGAGGUGGAUGAGAUUGCUGCAGUCCUUCUCCACAUGUUGUGGAACUCCCCAGAGUUUAUUCAGAAGGCAGCCUGUCAGAGCCUGGGGAUGAUGGUAGAGAACGUGACUCCUGCACGAGCAAUGACUGCUCUCAUGGACAAGGGAGUCAAGAGCCGCUACAUCCCGGCGCGGAAGUGUGCGGCCGAACUCCUCCUGUCCUUGAUAGAGAAAAUGGGAGUCACGAAGCUCGCAGCCACACCCAGGGCUGAGAGGCUGGCACAGGUGGCAGGGACAUUUGCUCAGGACUGUCACAAGGACACGAGGCAUUAUGGUCAGGAGAUGGUGAAGAUGUUGCUGAGUAAUCAAAAAUUUAAAAAGCUUUUGGAACAAUCUCUUUCCACGCAUGACCUGGAAGAUAUCCUGACAAGAAUUAAGAAGAAAGGGAUGGAAAGCCAGAAGGGUGAACGCCCAUCUGUCAAGGAGCCGGUGAAGAAGAUGAGCGAUGGUGCGAAGAAGCCCCAGGCCACAUCGCCUUCUAGCAAACGGGCAAAGUCUGCCACUGAUGGACACCGCCUGCACCGUGCAAGAGCCCAGGUCACGUUACCUGCAGCAGUGGAAGAAAGGGAGCUGCUCCAGAAGCUUUACCAUCUCCUGGAAGCCAAGGGGUUCCAGACACGGAUGGAAGGAGUGGCGCUCCUCCUAGACCUGUCCAAAAGCAGACCCCAGCUGAUCUCCACUAACAUUGUCCAAAUUUUUGAUUAUUUUGUCCCGAGAAUAUCUGACACACAUAUAUGGGCUUCUUCCUUUUUGCUCUGGGAUGCAGAACCUUUUCGCUGCUUCCAUGUGACUGAACUCUUGAGGUCCCUGAUGUGA